AUGGCACAAAAUAUAUUUGUGGAUGGAGAAAGAAACCACACGUCUGUGACCUUCUUUGUUCUCUUGGGACUCACAGAGGACAAAGAGCUGCAGCUCAUUCUUUUCCCUGUUUUCUUGGUGACAUACAUGGUGACUCUCAUUUGGAACCUGGGCCUUAUCAUCUUAAUCAGACUGGAUCCCCAACUGCAAACACCUAUGUACUUUUUUCUCAGUUCCUUAUCUCUCAUGGACAUUUGCUAUUCUACAGCCAUCAACCCAAAGAUGCUUUCUGACUUCUUCAAAGAUAAGAAAACAAUUUCUUUCAUUGCUUGUGCCACCCAGUAUUUUGUUGGUGCUUCAAUGGCUCAGGGAGAGUGCUUCAUCUUGGCAGCUAUGGCCUAUGACAGAUAUGUAGCAAUUGGGAAACCAUUGCAGUACACAACCAUCAUGGCGCCUGGGCUUUGUUGGAGGUUGGUUGCGUAUGCUUAUGCCAGUGGUAUGCUUUGUAGUUUAGCUGAAACAGUUUCUACCUUUAAUCUUUACUACUGUGGGCCCAAUAUCAUUCCACAUUUCCUAUGUAACAUAUCUGAGGUUGUUGUUUUGGCUUGCUCUAAUCCUUUAGUCAGUGACAUGACUAUGUUUAUGGUAGCGAUUUUUGUUGGGUUUGGUUCUUUGCUGAUUAUAAUCUUAUCCUACAGUUUUAUUUCAGCCUCCAUCAUGAAAAUCGCUUCUGUCAAAGGUAGUUCCAAGGCCUUCAAUACCUGUGUCUCCCAUCUGAUAGCUGUGACACUUUACUAUGGAACAGCCCUCACUGUGUACUUGCAUCCUAAUUCCAGUCACUCUACAAAACAGAACAAGUUAAUGUCCUUGUUCUAUGUUCUCCUCAUCCCCAUGAUAAAUCCUGCAAUCUAUAGUCUGAGGAACAAAGAGAUCAAAGAGUCUCUCAAGGGGGUGAUAAAGAGGGCUGCACCUAUACUUCACUGA